CAAAAUAUUACACUGGAUUUAUCAGGAUCAUCGUGUCCCCAAGACAACAACAACGGUAAUUGUGAAUAUGUGGAAGAGAUAUGUUUGCAAGAAAAUACCAUCACAUCGAUACCGUUGUGGAUAUUCGAAAUUGUUCAUUUAAAGUUUCUGCAUUUGGCAGACAACAAAAUCGUUUAUAUUCCCGAAGAAAUUGGAUUACUGACGUGUCUCGAAAUUUUUGACAUAUCUGGUAAUUUGAUCGAAGAAGUGCCUCCAACAAUCGGUGAAUUAAAACAUCUGAAAGUGCUUAAUGUCAGCCGGAAUCUGAUAAAAAAUCUGCCACGAGAAAUUGGCAGACUGGAGUCUCUCGAGGUGCUUGCAGCCAGACAAAAUCUUAUUAGCCAUAUACCAGACGAUUUGGGUGAUUGUAAUUGUUUAACAGAAUUGCUGUUGGAUGACAAUUUGUCUAUUAAUCAAAUACCGCCUCGCAUUUUUGCACUUCAUCAGUUAAAAAAUGUUUGCAUUGAUCGAUGCAGUUUAUUCCAUUUACCCUACAUCAAGUGUACCACGUUGAUUGGAUUGAAAGUAUGCGAAAAUUAUCUACUUACUCAUAUUCCAUACUACUACGAAUCGUUCAUCACAGACGACUAUACACAUCAGAUCGAUUUCGAGUUAAAUGAACCACUAAAAGACAUUAGAUAUACUCAAAUCGAAACCGUAAACGAGAAACGAAUCAUCAUUCUUCCCAACCGACUGACAACAAUUUAUACGCACACAACGUCAAGGCAUCCGUUAACCCUAUUUCAUUUAUGCUUAAGUGCAGCUCAUAAAUUGUUCGGCUACAGCAACAUAAUUGAUGGACUGCUUCCGCCAUCGAUUGCAGAUAUGCUAAAAUAUGGACCUGUCGCUCGAUGUGGAGGUGCAUUCUGUAAUAUGUAUCUGUUUAAUGAGAGUUAUGUAUUGAUCUUAAGACGUAAUCAUGGGAGAAACGAUCAUGCUAUUAUAAGCCAUCUAUUUUGCUCAAAGGACUGUCUGGAUAAAUGGUUUGAGGACAAGUCGUAUUUUUAUCGACAAAUUGAGUGGAAAUAUCUUUGCUUCGGUGAUAUGAAGAGAAGUUAAAGCAAUUGACCGUACGAACAUGUAUAGAGCCAACGCACUUCAAGCAUGAGUGGUCCUCUAAAUAAAGUACUGAAACUGGACAGUGUAUCAUAC